AUGAUGGUCUUAGGGAAGGGGAAGAACAGCGCGAAAGAAAUUCGGAGUAUGCUGGAGUCGACCUGCAGGGCCUUCUUCGACCUGCAAGGAGUCCAGCUCCGUCCCGCCCCGGAUGCAGUCAUGACGACCCACUGUGCUCGAGUGGUAGAGAGCGCACCCGCACAGAACAGAUCCGAAGCGGUAGAGGGACAGAUAGACGUACCUGCCGCAAACCGGGACGCAAAUCCAAGAGUUGGGUUUAUUUCAUAUUCCCGCCGACCUGCACCGAGGGAUGCCGUACUCAGUGGCCCGACAUCAAGGGCAGCCACUGCUGACGAGCGUGAUAGGUCUGGAGAUAGGCAGCACAGGUUUGCUGAUCGGGUUAGGAUGCCGCAGGAACGCGAAGCACGGACGGAGACCGACUUGGCAAGCGUAGCAGAUGAAGGCGAGGAGGGUGUAGAAGAUCCACAGCUGCCAAGUCAGGUCGAACACGCAGAGGAGCACUGGAGGAAGGCGGCUGAUGAAAAGCGGAUGGUCGAAGCAGAAGCCAAGAGUAGACGGGCUGAAGAGAUGCAGCGGCGCAGUGAUGGCGGCACCGAUCCUACCGUCUCUUUCCCGGGAACUGGAGACAUACGUGAAGCAUGGGAGCGUGGGGCACGAGCCGCUGCAAGGGCACACGUGGGAGAGGCAGGAGAGGAGCUCGCCAGCAAUGUGCGGCAGCAUAUCGAGGAGGAUAGGGGAUACGUGAAAGUUCGCUUGCCCAGCCUAAAGCGGAAGGCGGCAGAAGAGGCCCGGAGAGGGGACGUCGACGUGCCAGAGAAUUCGGGAGAGGCGAAAAAGAAGGAGGAGAGCAACGCGGGUGCUAAGGCUCAUAAGAUGGUGGAGGUAGAGGCGCACCAGAAUGCAGAGGAUGCGGCCCAUCGGUUCGUCGAUGCAGAGGCGGUACUUACGGCAGAGGACGGGGCGCCAAAGGAAGCAGAGUCUGCGGCGCAGCAGAAGGUGGGUGCAGAGGCGGUCAAGGGUGCGGAGGCAGUCGCGCGUAAAGAAGCGGGUGCAGCAGCAGAGCUGACGUCGGAGGCAGUCGAGCAGAUGGUUGUGGAGGCAGUGGCGCAGAAGGAAUCAGAGGCAAUGGCGAGCCAGAAGGAUGAGGCAGCGGCGCAGCAGAAUGAUGAGGCAGACGCACAUAAGGAAUCAGCGGCAGCAGCGCAGCAGAAGGAUGAGGGUGCGGCGCCCAGGAUGGUUGAGGCAGAGGCGCAGAAGGAAUCAGAGGCAGCGGCGCAGCAGAAGGAGGAGGGUGCGGCGCCGAAGAUGGUUGAGGCAGAGGCGCAGAAGGCAUCAGAGGCAGCGGCGCUGCAGAAGGAGGGUGCGGCGCCGAAGAUGGUUGAGGCAGAGGCGCAGAAGGCAUCAGAGGCAGCGGCGCUGCAGAAGGAGGAGGGUGCGGCGCCGAAGAUGGUUGAGGCAGAGGCGCAGAAGGCAUCAGAGGCAGCGGCGCUGCAGAAGGAGGAGGGUGCGGCGUCGAACAUGGUUGAGGCAGAGGCGCAGAAGGAAUCAGAGGCAGCGGCGAGGGAGAAGGAUAAGGCAGCGGCGCUGCAUAUGGAGGAGGCAGACGCACAUAAGGAAGGGGAGGCUCGGAAUAAGGCAGAAGCAGCGGCGCGGCAGAAGGCAGAGGCAGAGGAGCAGAAACAGGCUGCGGAAGAGGCACUACAACUGGCUCGGGCUGAAGCGCGGAAGAAGGCUGUUGUAGAGGCGCAAAAGAAGGCGGAGGGUGUUGCGCAGAAGAUGUCAGAGGCCGAGGAGCAGAAGCAGGCUGAGGCAGACGCACGAAGGAAGCCAGAUGGAGAGGACGGUUCAGAUGGGAAUAAAAUGGUACAGACAGAGGGACGGGAGACGGCGGGUGCUGAGGGGCACAUCAUCGCAGAGGAAGAGGGGCAGCAUAACGAGGAGGCAGCGUCGCAGGUAUUCGCAUACCGAGAGACGCAGAGCAUGGCAGAGACAGGGCGUCAAAAUACUAUGGAGGAGGUUCGUGUCGUCCCGGAGGCUGGAGUGGGGCACUACGAGGGAGAUGCGCUGGAAACAGAAGAGGAGCAGAAUGAGGAGGAUACGGUACAUCCGGCAAUACGGAUAUUUUUGGGAGGAAGUCCGACGCGGGCACCAGGAACCGGGGUAGAGGGGCCAUGGAGGGUGGCAGACGAUGGGGCGCCUAGGGAUACAGUGGGUCUCAGCAGGCAGAGGCGGCCCACCCUUCACCAGAGAGCAGUGGAGAGGAAUCUCGGCCAAGGCGGGGUGGCAGAAGCGUUUUGGCAGGUAGAGUGGGUCGAGGCAGAGACGGCAAUACGGCGGAUGCAGCAUCGGACGAGUACAGUCCUGGUCGAACAAGGUGACAGGUUCGUCGAGGCCGAAAGCUGGGACAUAAGCCCGGCAGAGGUAACGCGUCGUCUGACGCUCUUAGCCCGAAUGGUGACGCAGACGUUCUGCAACUUGGCGGCCCGCAACAGCAGCAUCAGUCGCGACGUGGCCGAUCUGACCGUCCAUUACUGUCGCGACGCCCUGGCCAACCUGGAAGAAGUCCGCCAUGGAAACGAGGAACGGCGGCGCCAAGCUGAAACGGCGGCCAGGUUUCGCGAGGAGGUGGACACGAGACUCUCCAACUUGCAGGAGAGUAUCGUAAGGGUGAGUGAUCAGGUUCGCCAGUCGGGAGGGGGGAUGGCGGAGGGCACGUUAAAGGGGGUGGAAGAGAGGUUGAGAGAGGUUCUGAGAGAAGAGUCUGAGCGGCGGAACAGGGAUAGACUGCAGGACGAGGAGCGGAGGCAGAAGGCCAUGAGGAAGGAAGCAGACGCCGCAGAGAGACGGAAGAAGGAACAACAGCAGGAGGAAGCGCGUCGGCAGAAGGAGAUGAGAGAGGGAAUGAAGGAGAUGAAGGAGGCGAUGAUGAAGGAGAUGAAGGCAGAAAUGAAGGAGAUGAAGGAUGGGAUGGUAAACCAGAUUGUGGGGAGGUUGAGCGCGGUUUUGCGAGAAGAAUCCGAGCGGCAGAAGAAGGAGAGGCAAGUGGACGCGGAGCGGCGACAACAGCAGGACGCGAAGAGGAAACAAGUGGCGGACGACGAGGAGAGACGCAAGAGGAUACAACUGGACGAGCAAUGGCGGAAGGAGGAGGAGGUGAAGAGGAAGGACGUAGAGGCCAUAGAGCGGCGGAGGAAGAACAAACAUCAGGAGGAAGAGCGACGGCAGAAGGAGGUGGAGGCGGGAAUGAAGGAAGUGAUGGAGGCUGUGAAGGAGAUGAAGACGGGGAUUACGGGGUGGAAGGAGGGGAUGAUAAGUGAGGUGGAAAAGCGGCUGUCAAUGGUUCUGAGAUUGGACGCAGAGCGGCGGCAAAAGGAGGAGCAGGGUAGGAAGGCAACGGAGGGAGAUCGGCGACAGAAGGAGGAUGCGCAGAGGAAGGAGGCAGAGGAAGCAGAGCGGGUGGAGAGGGAGAAACAGCAAGAGAUGGCGCUCCUGCAGAAGGAGGAGGCGCAGCGGAAAGAUGCAGAGGAGGCCGAGAGGCAGGAGAGGGAGAAACAGCAGGAGAUGGCGCGCCUGCAGGAGGAGGACAGGCAGAGGAAGGAGGCAGAGGAGGUAGAGCGGCGUCAGAGGGCGAAACAGCAGGAAUUGGACCGCCUGCAGAAGGAGGAGACGCAGAAGAAGGAGGCAGAGGAGGCCGAGCGGCAGCAGCGGGCGAAACAGCAGGAGAUGGAGCGCCUGCAGAAGGAGGAAGCGCAGAAGAAGGAGGUAGAGGAGGCCGAGCGGCAGCAGAGGGCGAAACAGCAGGAGAUGGAGCGCCUGCAGAAGGAGGAAGCGCAGAAGAAGGAGGCAGAGGAGGCCGAGCGGCAGCAGAGAGCAAAACAGCAGGAGAUGGAGCGCCUGCAGAAGGAGGAAGCGCAGAAGAAGGAGGCAGAGGAGGCCGAGCGGCAGCAGAGAGCAAAACAGCAGGAGAUGGAGCGCCUGCAGAAGGAGGAAGCGCAGAAGAAGGAGGCAGAGGAGGCCGAGCGGCAGCAGAGGGCGAAACAGCAGGAGAUGGAGCGCCUGCAGAAGGAGGAAGCGCAGAAGGAGGCAGAGGAGGCGGAGCGGCAGCAGAGGGCGAAACAGCAGGAGAUGGAGCGCCUGCAGAAGGAGGAAGCGCAGAAGAAGGAGGCAGAGGAGGCGGAGCGGCAGCAGAGGGCGAAACAGCAGGAGAUGGAGCGCCUGCAGAAGGCGGAGCAAUGCCGAGCAGAGAAGAGGGCCAGACUUGCAUCCUACGCGGAACAGCAGCGGCAACUGGAGGCAAAGGCAAAGGCGAUGGCUGAAGAGACGGAACGAUUGGCAAGGGAGAUGGAAGAGGAGGAUUUGACCAUGCAGGGGGAGGGGACCUGGACAGGAGUCGAGGAGGAUUUGACCAUGCAGGGGGAGGGGACCUGGACAGGAGUCGAGGAGGAAAUAGUUGAGGGGUUGGGGACUUUGCUGUUGAUUGAGAGCGGGGAGGCGAAUGUAGCAGAGGGCGUGCCUAGUGUUCCUGUACGGAAUGUAGAGGUGUCCAGGAGGCGGCCUAGACAAGAGGACAGGGAGCCGGAGGGUCAUGCGGCUAAGAGACGGCGUGCAGCUGGAAUACAGGAGUUGAUACCCAUAAUCCAAGGGGAAAAGAAAGGGAUGAAGAUCGACAAGUGUGACAACAGGAAAAACGCCGUAGUGGACGACAAGGGUAAGACUUUGGGUGUCUGCCUGCCGUUCAGGGGAAGCGGGUUCUCUCAACGGGGCGAGGGAGCUUUGCAGAAGUGGACGUCUGAGCAGACCGUCGGCGGCCGGAAGCGGAACCUCGGCUCUCACAAAACGGUGUGGGAGAGGGCAUACACGGUCGCAGUCUGCUGGAAGUUCUACUUCCCGGAUAUUGACAUGCAGGCAUACGGCAUGAAUCCAAACCGUAUAAACAAGUGGCGGGAAGACCUCGACUUCACAACGUGGCUUCCAACAGGGGUGUGGAGCGUCAUCAACGAACUCCACCUGGACAAACCGGACGGAUUCUCACUCGUUCAAACCAACACGGCUCUUCGGCAGCAGCAGGGGGAUGGCUUUCAGGUAGCUGCCUGCGCUGGUGUCGGAAUAACUGCGUGGCAGAAGAUGGUGGGAGGCGUGGAGGGUGAAAACGGCUAUUCGACGGAAGAACACGCAAUCGGACUUGCCGCCACGUUGUCUGUAAUGUGGGCCGCAUCCACGAAUGUGGACCAGACCCAGUGGGAGACGGGCGCAACAACAGCUGCACGUGGAACUUCUACGGCCAUAGCAUCUUCUGCUGCCAGAUCGUCCACUGCUGCCACCGCCUCGUCGGAUGCCUCGUCAUCUUCUGCGGCCGAUGUGCCCUCUGCCGUCCACAAUGCCCUUGCGACGCUUGCAGCCUCGGUUGCUUGCGUUGCGGUUGAGGCGAUGAGGUCGGUAAAGGAUCAGGAGCAUGACAAGGAAGCGUGGAUUCUGCCCCUGUCGGAUGCGCUGCUGAAAGCGCUUCCGGCAGAGUCGCGAGCGGCCGAGGAUGCGAAGCGGAUGACGAGGGUGGUGGCAAAGGUGGUGACCUCUUGGUGCCUAUGCAGCAUGGCAUCAAGAGGCCUUCGCCAGCACCAGGGCGUCUGGCUCGGAGUCCUGCAGAAGGAGUUGGGCGGCCGGGAUACCACAACAGGGGCGGAUAAGGAGAAGAAAACCAAGAAAUCGUCCGCGAAGGGGAACGCGACGAAGGAUGCGUCGACGGAGGAGAACACCGGCACUGGCGGCCAGGAUUGA